UGGACAAGAAGCAGAGUGGAUCACUGUUCUGCCCUUUUCCCUUCAAAAUUCCCGACAUCGACAUGUUUCGGGAAACCAGCUUGUUCCCUGUUCUUCCGUCCGAUGUCUUCUGCGUAUCAACACCACCGCCCAUCUCGACAACAGCCGCAGCACCGGUGGCCCCCAAAUUGACGGGCAAACGCGAUGGGUUUGUGGGAAGAGGAGGACUACGGCGUCCUGGCUGACCGGGCAUGCUGGGCUAUGUUCGCCGUCACAGCAGUGGUUGUUGGACUCCGAAUCUUCUGUCGAGCAUAUUACGCCCGGGUUAGGGGACAGGGACUAGGUCCGGACGACUACAUCACGCUGGCCUGCCUUGCCGUCUUCCUCGCGACCUGCAUCCUCGUUACGCUCGGCUCGCACUACGGACUGGGGCGGCGCAUGGCGACGCUCCCGCCCGAAAACAUUGUGCCGGCGCUCCGAUACAACGUCAUCAUCAGUUCCGUGCUGAUCUGGCAGUUCUCGCUGCCCAAGUUCGCCAUGAUCUCAAUCUUGCAGCGCAUCCUCAGCCCCGGCAUCAAGACCGUCAUCGCAUUCUGGUUCCUCGGACUCUCUUCGCAGGCCUGCAUUCUGGCCACCUCAGUAUGGUGGUUCAAGCAGUGCGAUCCGGUAGAGUAUGGGUGGGAUAGGAGCAUACCCGGCGGAACUUGUGCCCCUGUCAGUGUCAUGGCGAACCUGGGCUAUUUCACCUCGGCGUACUCGGCCUUCCUCGACGUCUUUUUCGCGUUGUAUCCCAUACCGUUCAUCAUGCGCCUCAACAUGCCCCUCAAGACGCGGAUUGCGGUUGCAACGGCGCUGGGACUCAGUGUGCUGGCCUGUGUCGUCUCCAUCUACAAGCUCGCCAUUUUCGGACAGAUUUUUGAGAUUUUGGCCUUUGACCCAACAUAUCCUGUGCCAUACCUCGACAUUCUCGGUGUAGCCGAAGGGUGCAUUCUCAUGGUGUGCGCAUCGCUCCCGACGUUGGGGCCCCUGUACCGUGCGGCGAGAGGCAACCUCACAACCGGAGCCGGCGACAGCGCGCAAUUAUCGGCAAAUCAGUUCGGGAAUAGCAACGGCGGAACUCGGAAUUGGGAUAGUGUCAAGGGGCACAAGCUUGAGUCGGACGCCGAGGGGGAGAGCUUGCAUCUGCGGCCCAGCUUCGAUGCCAUCCCUCUCGUUACCACUGCCAAGACGACCGGCCAUGUGGAGGAAAUGGGGAUUCGCAAGACAAUGGAGGUGUCGCUCUCCUCCGAGGCCUUCAAUGGACAAAAGCGCCACAAAGGCGCUAUCGCAGUCUGACUGCAGCAUUGUUACUCUUACAUUGUGUUAUUAGGAGGCUUCUCAAAAUGAC